GCUACUCGACAAUCCCAUCGCUGCCGCAUGUCGGUGACAGCUGGCGUGCCGGCAUUGGAUGAGCUCGGCCUAUUCCUCAUCCACUCAUUUCACCAACUGCUCCCCGCCCUACUUACGUCACCGCGUCGAUAUAUAUAUGCGGCCGCUCGUAUAUUCUCCCCCCAUCCAUCAGCAUUCUUCGAGACAGGAGCUGACGAUCGACGCCCGACGAUGGCCGGAAUCGCCUUUGGUCGCUUCGACGACUCCUUCAGCGCCAGCACGCUCAGGGCCUACCUCGCCGAGUUCAUCUCCACGCUCCUCUUCGUCUUCGCCGGCGUCGGCUCAGCCAUCGCCUACAACAAGUUGACGUCGGACGCGGCGCUGGACCCGGCGGGGCUGGUGGCGGUGGCGGUGGCGCACGCGUUCGCGCUCUUCGUGACGGUGUCGAUCAGCGCCAACAUCUCCGGCGGGCACGUGAACCCGGCGGUGACAUUCGGGCUGGCGCUGGGCGGCCACAUCACCAUCCUCACGGGCGUCUUCUACUGGGUGGCGCAGUUGCUCGGAGCCGUCGUCGGGGCUUUUCUCGUCAAGUUUUCCACCGGACUUGAGACGCCGACGCAUGGACUGGGAGCGGGGGUGGGCGCCGGCGAAGGGGUGGUGUUCGAGAUAAUCAUCACCUUCGCGCUGGUGUACACGGUGUACGCAACGGCGGCGGACCCGAAGAAGGGGUCGCUGGGAACCAUCGCCCCCAUCGCCAUCGGAUUCAUUGUGGGCGCCAACAUCCUGGCGGCGGGCCCCUUCUCUGGUGGGUCCAUGAACCCGGCGCGCUCGUUCGGGCCCGCCGUGGCCAGCGGGGACUUCUCGGCGCUGUGGAUCUACUGGGUGGGCCCGCUGAUCGGUGGGGGCCUGGCGGGGGUGGUCUACACCUACGCCUUCCUGACCUCCGACCACCAACUGCUUCCCCAAUGAAACCGAAGGCGGCGACCGGUGACCAGAUCAUGUUGGUGAAGAAGAAGAAGAAUAAAUUAUUGAAGUUGUUAAUGGAUGAGGAAGUGCGAUGUAGUUGAUGUGGAUUUGUACGCUUUUUUUUUGUUUUUGCUCCAUGUGUUGACUUUAAUUGUUCCUCAAGCCGUCGUUUGUAAAAGAUUCGAUAUGGUUGACCAAAUCGGAGCUCGUUCUCUGAGAAAAUAGGCCGCAAAUCCUGGACCAUCACCUGCUCCAGCAUUUACAUUGAUCGGAAACAAUGACUCUCAUCAAUUUGAGCACAGAUCUCUUAAUUGGAUAUUUUUUGUGAUUUAA